CAGCUGUGUGUCUAAGACUGAGCCUCCUGAACCCACCAUUAAUCUCUGCACACAGACACACCUUGACAGCUUUCAUACAAAGCUUGGCCCCUGACCGGACUACAGCAGUAGCCCUCGGCGGGAUGAGGAAAGUCUCCGAAGUGGCGUCUUGAGCAUCAACACCUUCAAGCAACAAAAAAAUGGACCUUACAGCAACUGUUUCUGCUCUUCUGUUGCUGCUUCUGGGCCUCUGUAAUGCUCACCAAGGCAAUGAUCUCAGUGCAGACGAUGAGAUCUCGGCGGCUCAGUCUGCCAAAGAGGACAUCGGCACAGUUAUCCUCAGAAUGAACAAUCGAUCCAGAGAUUUCUUGCUCGAAGGAGACUUGGUAAUUCAAAAAACUAGGACAGCUAUGAAGUGCAGAAGUAAAGCGUAUUCCUGUCUGUGGCCAAAGUCUGCGAAUGGAAAUGUGGAAGUCCCUUACACUAUUAGUCCCAAAUAUGAUAACAGUGAGAGGAGUACGAUAAUACGAGCAAUGAAGGACUUUGAAACACGAACCUGUAUUCGCUUCGUUCCACGUAGAUCUGAGAGAGCGUACCUCAGCAUUCAAUCAAGAUACGGUUGUUCCUCACUGCUGGGUCGCAUUGGAGACAGGCAGAAAGUGUCGCUGCAGAAGUUCGGCUGCGUUGAUCACGGCAUCAUCCAGCACGAGCUGAUGCACGUUUUAGGAUUCUACCACGAACACACUCGCAGCGACCGCGACCAGUACGUCAGAAUCAACUGGAAAAACGUCCCACGAUAUUAUAAGGACAACUUCAAAACGCAGAACACAGAAAAUCUCAACAUUCCAUAUGACUACAACUCUGUAAUGCACUAUGGAAGAACUGCCUUUGGACCGUAUGGAGCAGACACUAUAAUUCCCUUCCCUGACCCGUCCGUCCCCAUCGGCCAGAGGGAGGGUCUGUCCAAAAUUGACAUUCUCAGGAUCAACACGCUCUACAAAUGUUACAGAAUAUAAUCGUUGCAUCAUUUCUUUGUAUGUAUUCAAUUAAAUUCUGUCAUGAAUACAUUUUCUUCUCUGUGU